AUGGCGGAGGCGGGAAAAGAGCAGGCGGGCUUGGGCCUCCCGGGAGGAGGUGCGGCACAGUGGCCUCUGCAGCGCUAUGGCCGCUUCAUUCCCUCAGGCGCUGGAGAGUCGCCCGGGCCUGGCCUGGAACCUGGGACAGCCUCUUCUCUCACGUGGAAGGUUUUUGAGUCCAAUGAAGAAUCUGGUUAUCUUGUUCUCACCAUAGUUAUAUCAGGUCAUUUCUUCAUUUCCCAAGGACAGACACUACUGGAAGGGUUUUCACUCAUUGGUAGCAAGAACUGGUUGAAGAUCGUAAGACGCAUGGAUUGUCUGUUGUUUGGAACAACAAUAAAGAACAAGAGUCGCAUGUUCCGGGUACAGUUUAGCGGAGGGUCAAAGGAGCAGGCGCUGGAACACUGUUGCAGCUGUGUGCAGACCCUGGCCCAGUACCUCACUGUCCAGGUGCCCGACGGAAUCCGCCAGGACCUCCGGCUGAGUCCUGCCCCACUGAGGCCAGGUGAAAGCCAAAGGGUGGGCUGUGCACAGAGCGUCCCACUGCCUCAUGGAUCACACCCGAUCUCGGAGCAGCAGCAGUGUGGACCAGGCGGCACAAGCGUGCCAGGAGGAAGGACCUCAGUGGCCUGCUUAGCUCAGUCUCUCCUGGCGUCGGAGGAACUGCCCCUUGUCUGUGAACAGUCUGCGUGGAGUGCGGAAGAGUUAGGCCCCUUUCUGCGCUUGUGCCUCAUGGAUCAGAACUUCCCAGCGUUCGUGGAAGAGGUGGAAAAGGAGCUAAAGAAGCUGACAGGGUUGAGAAAUUAACACUCUAUGUACAUACAGAAUUAAGGAACGCGAAGGCACUGAAAAAAUGCU